AUGAGUGGAAACCCCGGUGGAACCGCGAAAGUAAAUGCGUUAAAACAGGGCAGUGGUAAAAACAGUAAUAGAUUUAAGAAGACUCAUCAAAAACGGGAAGUAUCGCGUGAUCUCUGUGGCAGAGUUGGACCAAAACACGCAAAGAAAAAUUGUCCGGCAUUUGGACAGAAAUGUCGUAGAUGUGGAAAUCUUAACCACUAUCAAUCCCUUUGCUGCACCAAGCUCGUUGCUACCGUAGGUGAAGAAGCUUCAGAAGAAGAUGAGUCAUACGAAAUCUGCACUGUUGAUGAAGAUUCCCGUCCUAGUGUCAACAAAGCAUUCGUUGACAUAUUUGUCAGCACUAAAAAGCCCGGAAAUCAAGUACGAUUUCAAGGGGAUACAGGGUCAGAAUGUAACUUGCUGCCAAUUAUAUUGUACAAGUCCCUGACCGGAGACACGAAGCUCAGUAUGUUACGAAAGUGCAAUAAAUCGAUCGUUUCCUACACUGGCGAACGACGGCAGAUAGCAGGAAAGAUAAAUCUUCGAGUCUGGCACAAACGUAGUACACAAACGUUGACGUUUAAUGUUAUCGAUGGCGAGUAUCAGCCCAUCUUAUCACUCAACACAAGUAUCGCGCUUGGGAUAGUCACGUUACACGACUGUGACGUUCUUUCACUCACGAUAUCAUCACGUAGUAACGCGAUCCUUGAAGAAUUCAAACAUGUUUUUGAGCGACUAGGAGAACUACCCGGAGAGUACAAAUUCAUCACUGGUGAAACUGUAUAACCAAAGGUACACCCCCCCAAGACGAGUGCCGAUUGCACUCCGCCCUAAAAUCAAAGAAAAACUUGAUGAGUUCGUACAGCGAAUGGGUCUCAAGAAUACUUGCUGUAAUAAAGCCGAACAAGAUAGGAAUCUGUUUGGACCCAAGGGAUCUCAAUGAAGCUAUAAAGCGAGAGCAUUACCAGACGUCGACAAUCGAAGAGGUCGCCACUCGUCUGAACAGAGUAAAGCUCUUCACAGUAGUUGAUGCAAAAGAUGGUUUUUGGCAAAAGAGGCUAGAUCUUGAGUCCAGCUACAAGACCACGUUUAACACACAUUUCGGGCGCAACCGAUGGCUACGCAUGCCCUUCGGCAUCAGUUCAGCCCCAGAAGUAUGGCAAAGAACCAUGCAUGAAUUCAUAGAGGGUCUUCAAGGCGUAGAAGUCAUUGCAGACGACUUCAUUAUUGCUGGCUUCGGUGAUACUAACGAAGAAGCGCACAAGAGCCUGGAGCAAAACGAACGUUCCUUCUUUACUAGAUGUAGGGAAUGGAAUUUGAAGCUCAAUCGCGAUAAAGUAAAGCGAGCACAGACCGAUGUGCGCUUUAUGGGACAUCAGCUGACACCUGAGGGACUCAAACCUGAUCCCGCAAAGGUACAAGCUAUCACUGCUAUGCCUGAAACAGAUGAUGUCACUGCACUCAAACGUUUCCUUGGAAUGGUUAACUAUUUGUAAACAUUUAUGCCACACCUGAGCGAAAUGACAGAACCACUACGCAGACUAGAAGAUCAGGACGCUGAGUGGCAGUGGCUAAAGCAACACAGCAUUGCCUUCAACACAGUUAAGAAGUACCUCACUGAAUCCCCAGUUCUCAAGUACUGUAAUGUUAACGAAGAAGUAACAAUCCAGUGUGACGCCUCUGAAACUGGUCUCGGAGCUGUCCUUAUGCAAAAUGGCCAACCGAUUUGCUACGCCUCAAGAGCUCUCACCGACACUGAGACAAGAUACGCACAGAUAGAGAAAGAGCUUCUUCCCAUCGUAUGGUCUUGUCACAAAUUUUACCUGUACAUAUAUGGUCGUGACGUCGUACACGUAGAUUCCGACCAUGAGCCACUGCAGGCAGUAUUCAAGAAGCCAAUACAUCAAUGACCAAAGCUCUUACAGAGAAUGAGAAUGGCACUGCAGAAUUAUUCGCUGGACAUUAGAUACAAGAAAGGCCGUCUAAUGUUUAUUGCAGAUGCCGUGAGUCGCUCCUAUAGGCUUACGACCGACGAUGCUCAACAUGAUAGCAGCGAAGUGUGUGCAUUAUGAGAAGUGCAUCGCACAGAUGGACUUUCAGUAUCACCCAAACGGUUGAAAGAGUUCAAACUGCGCACAGCCCAGGACCCAGAAAUGCAGCUUUUAACAAGUCAAAUACAAACAGGGUGGCCAUCAAGCCGUAAAGAAUGCCCUAGUCCGCUAAUACCAUACCACGAAAGCCGAAGCGAGCUAAUUGAAGAAAACGGGCUGGUCUUUCGUGGUGAGUGCUUAGUCGUUCCACCCUCGCUGCGCACCGAUAUGCUGAAAGAAAUACACCGCUCACUUAUCGGAAUGAACGGAUGCUUAAGAAGAGCCAAGGAGCUGCUGUUCUGGCCAAGAAACAACGCUGAAGUAAACGAUUUCGUUUCCAAAUGCAGCAUUUGUCAAUCAUUUCAGCCAGAACAGUGUAGAGAAAGCCUCCAGCCGCACGAAAUGCCAAGCCGUCCGUGGUCGAAAGUAGGAGCUGACCUAUUCGAACUUGGUCAACAAAACUUCUUAAUACUGGUCGACUACUGGUCCGGUUAUUUCGAAGUACAAGAACUCAAACGGAUCACCUCCACAACUGUCAUCACCGCUUGCAAAGUGCAGUUUGCAAGACAUGGAAUUCCUGAUGUCCUGAUUACAGACAACGGGACACAAUUUAGCUCAUCAGAAUUCGCGAAAUUCGCCGAGGCGUGGAAAUUUCAACACAAGACUUCCAAGUCCGCACCAUCCCUAGUCAAACGAAAAGGCAGAGAACGCCGUUAAAAUCUGCAAAAAUGUGUUAAAGAAAGCCCGAGCAGACAACAGAGAUCCACUUCUAGGUUUCUUGGACUGGAGAAACACGCCCACAGAGGGUCUAGGAACCUGGCCUGUCCAGCGUCUUAUGGGUAGAAGAACAAGAACACUCCUGCCAACACAUACCAAAUUUCUGAAGCCACACUUAGACUCCGAAACAGAGCAAAGUUGGCGCAGCGCAAACAGAAACAAGAAUUGCAGUACAACGAGAAAAUUCAACCGCUGCCUCCGAUCCAGCCCAGCCAAUGAAACUCCCUGGUGACACAAAAUGGUCUCUUGGCAGCUGCGUCAAGGCAAUACCUAACCGCUCUUACUAAGUGGAAGUCGCAGGUCGCCGUUAUCGUCGCAACAGGCGCCAACUAAGAACAACGGCCGAAGCACCUUCACACACUACACUUGAAGAUCUUCCGAACAAUGACGCCGAUGUAACACCUCCCUUUAACAGCCAAGAAACAACAAAGCCCACUCGUUGUCGAGAUGACACCUCAGGUGUGACUCCCGAACCAGUCACUCAACCACGUCGUUCAGCCCGCGUAAGGAAACCGCCAGCUUGGCACGACAAUUACCUGAUGAACUGUUAA